CUCGUGUUGUGGAGAAUGAUCGUCGUAUUUGGCGUCGAGAAAAUUCUGCCUGUGGUGCUGGCUGGUGGUGGUGGUGGCAAUCCCCAUCGCAUGAAAAUUCUCCGUCCUAGUGCCAGGGGCACUAUUGUAGGCACCAACGAUCUUGGCUGCUACAUGGCUCCAGUUUCUCACCGUUGAUCGACCCCCUUCAAAGAUCAGGGUUGGGUGAUUGUUAUCGACUGCACUAUCUGGACGCUGUGGAAUGGUCGGCCCACGAGGCGGAGUCCGGCUGGCGAGCCAACCGAAAGGGGGGAAUUGGGGUGAGAGCGCGGGAGGAUAAAGAAGCUUCCAAAGGUUCGAAGCACGGUUUCCCAUUCGAGGAAUUAAUCUAAGGAGGUGGAGCCGGAUCUCCAGGAGGAAGUGACACAGUCAGACACGGCCCUGGAUCCAUGGUUACGGAUUGG